UCGAAGUGCUUAGAUCCUUCACCGCUGCUCUGAUUUCCAAGGCUGAGCCCAGCUGAUGCAGCCCCACUGCUCGAAGACUCAGUGGCGUGCUGAGGAAGCAGGGGCAUAUCUUUCGCCCACAGUGUGGCCCAUCAAGAUGGUUUCCGAAUUGUUUUCUAUCAGUCAUCUCUCAAGCAUCGAGCCGCCAAUGUACGUUAAUGUCGGGACAACCAGAUCUGCUCUAGACGAUGGCAGAGAUCGACCCAGUCCAGAAAGCUGAGGAACCUCAGCAGCGGUCCCCAAGAUCGCCGACCGAGUCGCCCACUGCUCCAGCACAAUCGACAUUCCAGCAGACCCAAGCAGACAUCGUCGCACAUCAAGCGCAAACCACGAUCGAAGCCGCACACGACUCCGAAGACGCUGGCUACGAAACCGACGCCGAGUCCCGUGCCUCGACAUCAAUCUCUUCCUCUGUACGAGACUUCGCAUUUGAAAAUGGCAGACGAUACCACAAAUUCAGAGAAGGGACAUAUCAAUUUCCCAACGACGAGAGUGAACAAGAAAGAGAGGACAUGAAGCAUGCGAUGGUCGUGAACCUUUGCGGCGGGAAGCUGCACUACGCCCCUUUGGAGAAUCCGCAGAAUAUCAUUGAUGUCGGCACAGGGACUGGAAUCUGGGCUAUUGAUAUGGGUGACGAAUAUCCAAGUGCCCAGGUUUUGGGUAUUGAUCUGAGUCCAAUUCAACCUGCGUGGGUGCCUCCCAACGUCAGGUUCAUGGUGGACGAUGCAGAAAGUCGUUGGCUACAUCCACUCGAUUCUUUCGACUUUAUUCACAUUAGGCAUAUGAACUCCUCUAUAAAGAAGUGGCCUAAGCUUUUGACAGAAGCAUAUGAUCAUAUUCAACCCGGCGGCUGGAUCGAGCUUCAAGAAUUGGAAUUCGUAACGCUAUGCGACGACGGCACUAUGAAAGACGAUUACACCGUUUACAGAUUCUUGACUCUCAUCAAGGAAGGGCUUGCAGUAUUUGGUGUCGACUUGCUUGCUAUGAGGCGCAAUGCAGAAUUGCUUCGCGACGCGGGCUUCGUCAAUGUUGAAGAGAAAGUCUUCAAGAUUCCCCUCGGCAUAUGGCCGAGAAACAAGACAAUGAAAUUGAUAGGGCUAUAUUUGAGGAGUGUCAUCUACGAUGGAUUACAAGGAAUUGCUUUGGGCCCGUUCACACGGGCUCUCAAAUGGACACCAGAAGAGGUGGAGCUGUUCUUGGUGGAUGUCAGAAAGAGCUUGAUGGAUGCGAGCACACAUUCGUAUCUUCCAUUCCAUGUUGUAUAUGGCCAAAAGCCUCUCAAUGCUUGAGCUCGAACACUGGAUGUCGUUUACUGCCUCGAUCAUUCGAGUACUAGCUAUUGUUUACAAACAUGGAUAAGGUUAUCUUUUCCCGACAAUCUCUGCCGAUUAAGGUGCAGCGACAUCUCUUGACUCCAGGCACAGGACACAUGAAGUUAUGGAGACGAAAAAAGAACAACUACAACCCACAGCUGGAGCUACGGCCA